UACCCACUGGUAAAAUUUCGCCCUCUCGGACGAGAGCCCUCAGGCAAUCAGGUCCAAGUGCUGAGAUUCCUAAUUUGGAGUUUUCAACGUCUCGUUUGAUUCUUUCGAAAAGUCUGUUACAUUGGAAAGAAACUAUUCGUUGGCUAGUUUUUUUUCGAAUACUUGUACCGGAUAGCAAACCUGCUUCAUGCAACCUGGAACCCCUAAUAUUUAAGAAAACAUCCCAUUUAAAAUCUCUGACGUUCCAAAAGGUAAUGCAAAGUAAAAUGUCUACAUCAAUUGCAGAAAUCUGUGAAAACACCAAACUGGCACGAGAAGCAGCCCUUUUGGGAAACUACGAGACUGCAGGUGUUUACUAUCAGGGAGUUGUGCAGCAAAUUCACCGCCUCUUACCAACCAUAACUGAUCCCACUCAUAAGGGAAGGUGGCAGACUGCCCAGCAGCAGCUUGCUUAUGAAUAUGAACAACUCAGAAGUAUUCAGAGCACUUUCAAUUCUUUCAAAUCUGACAACCACACUGAUCGUCCUAUAGGACCUGCAAGGAAUAUUGCUUAUGAAGAAUCUAACCACGAUCCAGACGUGUGGGGAUCCCCUCAGCCCAGAGACCCCGACGUUUGGCCGUCCCCCACCCCAGCUGAACACAGGCCACCGCCACCGGUUCGACCUCGACCAACCAACAAAAAGACAGAAAUGACUGCCCCCAAACCACCUCCGAGUCGCGGGGGAAAACCACCGUCCGGAGCGGUUGCUGCAGCAGGAAAGAAACCGCUCGAAUCUCGUUUCUCCAGAGCAAACAAAGAUGACAAAGGAAGUGGUUCUAGCAAAUCCGCACCACCUAAAGGCAAAGAAUCCAAAUCAGAAGAAAACAAAGAUGAAAAAAUUGUCGAAGAAGAAAAUCAAGAACGGAGAUUUGAUGGGUCUGGAUAUGACAAGGACUUGGUCGACAUGUUAGAAAGGGAUAUUGUACAAAAGGAUCCGAACGUCCAUUGGUCCGACAUCGCCGAUUUGUCCGAGGCUAAACGUCUUCUUGAAGAAGCAGUCGUUUUACCGAUGUGGAUGCCUGAAUUCUUCAAGGGGAUAAGACGCCCGUGGAAAGGCGUCUUGAUGGUCGGCCCUCCAGGCACGGGAAAAACAAUGUUGGCGAAAGCUGUUGCCACCGAGUGUGGGACCACUUUUUUUAAUGUAUCUUCGUCCACGUUGACUUCGAAAUAUCGAGGAGAAUCGGAGAAACUUGUACGCCUGCUUUUUGAGAUGGCCCGCUUCUAUGCGCCUAGCACGAUUUUUGUCGACGAGAUUGAUUCGAUGUGUUCGAGACGAGGUUCCGAAUCGGAACAUGAAGCGUCACGCCGUGUCAAGUCAGAGCUCUUAGUCCAGAUGGAUGGCAUCAGCUCGCAAAGCGAAGACCCCAGCAAAGUGGUUAUGGUGUUGGCUGCGACGAACUUUCCUUGGGAUAUUGACGAGGCUUUGCGAAGACGACUUGAAAAACGGAUUUACAUACCACUGCCCACACGAGAAGGAAGAUUGGCCUUGUUACAUAUCAAUCUUCGUGAAGUUAAAGUAGCAGAAGACGGCGUGGAUCUGGAUGCUAUAGCGGAGUUGCUGGAUGGAUAUUCGGGUGCUGAUAUUACCAAUGUUUGCAGGGAUGCUUCUAUGAUGUCAAUGAGAAGACGAAUUGCAGGUCUUCGCCCCGACCAAAUUCGCCAAUUAGCCAAAGAGGAACUCGAUCUGCCCGUCACUAUGGAAGAUUUUAUGGCAGCAGUUGAGAAGUGCAACAAGAGUGUUUCUGCUGACGAUUUGGAACGAUACGAACGCUGGAUGCGUGAGUUUGGGUCUUCUUAGAAGAGAAACUAUAAAGCUUGUGCAUGCCUGCCCGUCGAAAUUCGGGAAAUUAUCAAUUGUCGAAAUUAAUUUUUGCUUCAUUUAAUAUUUGCUUUUAAGUUAUUUAUUUUCAUCUUUCAAGAAACGCGUGUAAAUCAUUUUUUUUUAUCAAUACAAAAUUGAACAAAUAGUGA